GGAAGUAGCAACACCAGGGGGGCAAAGUAAAACCAGACAAGAAAAUAUAUAAAAUAAGCAUUUACUACUGUAACUAGCUACAUGGUCACUUUAUAAAACCCUCAUGUAUUUCCUAACAUAGAUAAAAGGUUUGUCUUAGUUUCGUGACCACUCUUGCUAUGUUGCUAAAAGACAGCUAACGAGGCUAAACAGUUACCUAGCAGUUAGCAGCGGUGCUAAUGAAAUGUAUUGUUAUUAGUAUUGAUAAAAUGGUGCAGAGCAUGUUUCGGACCGGGUUUCUAGUUCGGGCCACACACACUCUGCUAACCUGGGUCACAACCCUCAUACUGUUCCUGCAUGACACCGAUUUACGGAAGUGUGAGGAGCGAGGAGAGCUGCUGCUGCCGCUUCUGUUCUUCCUCCUGGUCGUGCUGUCGGUGCUGUUGUACUUUGCAGUUUCUUUAAUGGACCCCGGCUUCGUUCUUACUGACACUGUCAAGGGCGAUCAGGGUUCAAAUGAGGAGAUGGAGUCGAUGAUUCCUCAGGCUUCGACCCCUCGGCUGCGGCGCUGUGGAUACUGUUUGCUGCAGCAGCCAAUGAGAGCGAAGCACUGUCAGACGUGUAAGCGCUGCAUUCGCCGCUUCGACCACCACUGUCCGUGGAUCGAGAACUGCGUGGGCGAGAGGAACCACCGCUGGUUCAUCGUCUACCUGCUGGUGCAGCUGCUCGCUCUGCUGUGGGCUCUUCACAUCGCUCUGUCUGGCAUUUCCCCCGGCGUCACAUGGGAGCUGUGGUUCCGAGUGAACGGGUUCCUGCUGGCGGCGCUGGGCGUUGUCGGGGUUUUCUCCAUGGUGGUGGUGCUGCUGCUGGGCUGCCACCUCUACCUGGUCUCCAUCAACUGCACCACCUGGGAGUUCAUGUCCCGCCACAGGAUCUCGUACCUCAAGAACUGCGGGGACGAGGAGAACCCGUUCGACCGCGGGGUCUUCUGCAACAUCUGGGAUUUCUUCUGCAUCUGCAGGACGGUGGUGUGGGAGCAGGUCUACCAGAGAACGACCGCAAAUCCAGUCUAGCCUCGCUGAGACUGGUGUCAGACGGAUACAGUGUUUGUAAGGGAAGAACUCUGGACCGUAAAACGAUGGUUUGACACCUGGAAGAGUGUCGGGCCAGUGGUUGAUCCACCAUGAGAUUCACAUUAGUGGUUUUUUAGUGAAAUUCUUGACAACUGUUCGAUGGAUUCCCCUGAAAUUUGCCACAGAUAUUCCCGUCCCCCUCAGGAUGACGUGUCGUAACUUUAGUGAUCCUUUAACUUUUCUUUUAGCACCAUCAUCAAAACAAGGCUGUUAAAAUCAGGGUCUUUUUUCAGUGUGAACGUGGCCUUAAGUCUUGUUUUCAUUCAGGAAAGGAAGAAAAACCUCUCGACCGGAUCUGUCUUUAAUGUCGUUUUAACUCGACCUUUUCCUGUUUUUACAGUCAAGUGCAACACACGUAUUCUUCGUGUUAAUGUCAUUCAACACACGUAAAUUGCCACUGGUGUGUGUGGAAACAAGGGUGCUACUGUUUGAAAUGAACAUCGUUAUGAUUAAGUGGUAAUAUGACGUUAGAAUAAAUAAACGUUCUGCACUAAUUUUUGACUCUUGACCGUUUUCCAAACUUAAUAUUAGAGACAAAAACAACUGGUUUUUAUCUUGUGUAAGUUUCUUAAAUAUUUAUUUAUAAUUAUAUAAGACUGGGAGAAAUUUCUGGGUGUUUUUCUUUUUUAUAUUCUUGCUGACAACAGACCCUUCUCUAACUGCAGUACGUCUUGAUGAUAAUGACUGAACAAAAGUGGCAAAACGAACAACAACUAUUCCAUCAUGCUGAUAACAGCGUAGAAGGAAUCUCGAGCUUCAGCCCGUCACACUACAACGGGCCCAUUGAACUGUUUGUACUGUGUGGGGAUACUUCAGUCCACAAACACAGAAAUGCAGUGAAAUAAAUCUGUAUUUCCUGGUUUGUUUUGUUGAAAGAAAGAAAACGCUUUAAUUUAACACUAAUAAGCUGCAUACAAACAUUUAAUAAAUGGUUUAUAACACACUAUCAGGACAGUGUGAGCAGCUGUAAGGAGCUUUAUGAGUGUUUAUUAAUGUACAGUAUUUAAGUUCUAGAUUUUAUAUUAUUAUUAUUACGUGUUACAGCUACAUUACAGUAGGUUAUAAACCAUUUAUUUCAUGUUUAUAUUCUGAAUAUAAAGUAAAGUGAGGCAACACCAACGGUCUGCUGCAGGUCGGGGUUUGAUUCACUGUAUUUUGAUGUUAAACUUUAUAAAAAUGAAUUUAACUCUGAGAUGGAGCCAAAAUAUUUUACAAACAUCUUUCUUU